GGAUCAAUCUGACAUUCCGACCGAACUGGUUUCCUGUCCUCGCUCCGACCGAAGACAAGAAAAAUUCAACUGGUCAAUGGCGUCGAACAGCAGAGAAGCAAGGAGGAGGAAGAUUUUAGAAAGAGGAUCCGAUCGCUUGGCCUUUAUCACUGGUCAGAUCAACAACGUUCCUCCUCCGCCUUCUUCCGAUCCCACUUCACUUUCCCAAUCUCAUCUCCCCACUGACGAAUCCUCGUCGGACACAGUUACGCCUCGUGAGCAGAUACGCACUGAUCGAGAAACAGUUUUCACAAGUCGUCAGGAAAACAUAUCCGAUGCUUCCAUAUUUGAUACUGUGGAUCAUACCAUCCAUCAAAGCAGAGCAGAAUCGCUUCAGCCUCGGAAGUAUACCGAGACAAUGGGAGAAGCCUCAGCUUCAAAUCCUAGAGACACAACUCUACAACCGUCCCCUGCAACAUCAAGCACUCAAACCCCAUCAGUGGUAGAUUUGGCUUCUUCUCAAGCAUUUACUCCUCUAGUCAAUUUCGUGAACACCAUCACUCCAAGACACAUUGGAGCCGCCAUCGACGCCUCAGAAUACGCAAGGAUGUUCUCAUCUCUCGUGAUCGCCCUCCUUGUCAUACUCUCUCACCUCGGGUUCUCUUCCUUAGGCAGCAGCAUAGUAAGCUUCAGACCCGUUCUCUUACUUCUCUUGACCGACGCCACAAUCGUGCUUGGACGUGUUCUGCUGACCCAUCAUGGAGCUCCUUCCUCAGCCUCGAGACGAGAGAACUCGGGACAAGGCAUAGCGGACCAAGUGGGCAACGCACUGGAGACAGUCAUGAUGAUAAAGAAGAUAAUGGAUGCAAUCUCUAUGGAUUUUAGUUUAUACGCUGUGAUUCUCAUAUGUGGCCUUUUGUUCACUCAAAGCAUCUUUGCUUAAGUUAACGUUCUCUGUUCUCCCCUCAAGUUAGGUUUGUGAUCUGUAUACACUUAUUACACAUUGCUAGUAAGCCACAUUCUCAAACAUCUCUUAUUCAUAUU